GUAGUCUUUACAAAUCUACGAACGCGACACUGCUAGAUUGGUUUGCGGGAGGAGCCACCGCCGCGCGCGCCUGUUGUAUGCAUAUCUCUGUUCCUCUCGGCUCACUCUCAACGUGCGAGUAGGUCUAGUGUCAGGCAACGGUCAAACGGAUUAUGUUGGCGAUUAAUUUGGUUUUAACUUGAUCUAUUUUCUGUGCUUUAAUGUUUUCUUAAAUCCUAUUUCUGUAUUCGUAUCAUCAGUGAGUCUAAGAGUUUAUGUAGGUCUAAGGCUAGAUCUCGGGACAAAUCCCAUCAACAUUCCAGGAUACUUGUGUCAUUGUUUCAAAGGUGGAUGUCAUGGAUAAACAUAACGCGGCGGAUUAAUGUUCACACUGGAUAGUUGGAUUUACAGCUGAGAGAAAUACUUAUGCUUUCUGCAUGUGUGUGUGGAUAUAAUUAGUGCUAUCUUGAAUAAUUACACAGUUUUAAAAGAACCAUUAGGCGGCUUGGAUUACAUUCGCUUUGGAUACAUUCAUUCUAUGACCAAGUAAAGGGUGUGGAUUACUAAGUUCAAGAUACAGUCACGCUGCCAAUAAAGAAUUCAAGGUGAAAGUAAGCGGUGCUUAGCUAGGGUUGUGCAGGAUGAUGGCUUCCUGGCAAGUCUGGUGUUUAGUCGUAAUCCCUUGUUUUGUGCUGGCCAGUGAAAAGACAUUUGAGGAGGUCAAAAAUUGUCGACCACCUAGCAUUAAUGAAGAAAAAGAACUCUUCUAUUUUAUCUCUCAAAAGUCUAUCAUAGUUCCUUGUACUGCUACAGGCACACCAAAUAUUAAGUACAAUUGGUUCAAAGAUGGUAAACCAGUCAAUGUUGAGAAUGGUGGAGACAGAUGGUCCUUAAUACCAGGUGUAGGCUCAUUGAGGAUCAACAACCCAGUGGAUAGUGACUCUGGUAUCUACCAAUGUCAGGCAAAUAAUGAAUGUGGCGUGUCAUUAUCAAACUUCAUCACUCUGCUUCAUGCUAAGAUGGAUCCAUUCCCACCAGUUGAUGUUGCUAAGGUGCUGACCCAACAAAAGGGACAUAACUUGAAACUAGUCUGCAAGCCACCAAAUAGUGUUCCUAAAGCCACAGUGAGAUGGAUUCUAGCCAACCCAAGCAAUGAAGUUGUUUACAAUGAUGAAAAUGCAGACACAGCUUUCAACUAUGUGCCACUGAGUCAAAGAGUCACUAUGGACUAUGAAGGAAACCUUCACAUUACCAGUGUAAAUGAGGAUGAUGAACAAAAUGGAAAGCUGUAUGUCUGUGUGGCAGAGAAUGGACCUACUAGAUCUAUUGUCAAAGGAGAGGAUAAACAGGUCAAAGCAAUGGGCAGGGAAGUUUCUGAGAUGGCUGUGAACAUUAUCUGGACAUCUGACAACAACACACUGGUGCUGGAAGGAGGGAAAGCAAGAUUCAAAUGUAUCUUCUCUGGAGAACCAUUGCCUGUGAUUUCCUGGACUAAAGUGACUGGACAUUUGGAUAAGAACAGAAUUUCUGUAGAGAAUCAUGAGAUGAUCAUCAAUGAUGUUAAGUUUGUAGAUGCAGGAGAGUAUGAAUGUAUGGGCAAGAAUAAAUUAUUUCCGGAGCCAGUCAGGCGAAAGUUUACUCUACGAGUCCAGGCUGCUCCUAAAUGGGAGUCCAAUCCACAAGACCUUGUGGUUGGAGUGGAUGAGACUGCAACAGUCAACUGUGGAGUGACUGGUGAUCCUGCACCUACAGUCAAGUGGUUUAUCAAUGGCAGACCAUAUGAAGAUUUGGCGCCUAACCCAAAGAGGUCACUUAACAACAAUAUAAUGACAUUCUCCGAACUUGAUAAAGAUGAUUCUCAAGUUAUACAGUGCAAUGCUUCCAACAUUCACGGGUAUAUCUGGUCUGAUAUAUAUCUGUAUGUUGAAGCUCAAGCCCCUCUCAUUGAGAGACCUCCAGUGGAUAAAAUAGCUGCAGAGCACCAGACAGUUACAGUGACCUGUCAUGUAUCUGGCAAACCGAAGCCCAAGGUCAUAUGGUACAAAGGUGGACAACUCCUGGAAGGAAGUCACUUUACUAUCUUAGAUACAGGAGAUCUAGUCAUUCAGAAUACCAGCACAAAAAAUUCUGGCCGCUACAAAUGUAUUGCAGAGAACAAAUUUGGCUUGGUGGAGGCAGAAGCAGAUGUAAUAAUUAGAGAAAAAACCAAGAUUGUCAAUGCUCCCAUGGAUACGGAAGUGGACUUUCCCAACACUGCCACAUUUACAUGUGGUGCGACAACAGAUCCCAAAGAAACUGUCAGUUUCCGUUGGUUGAAAGAUGGAGUGGAGAUCAAGGCUGAUGAACACGUUAAGAUCUCGGAUGGGACACUGGAGAUCAACUCCACCAAGAGUAAGGACAGUGGCAUCUACACCUGUGUGGCUUACAACUCAUUGGACAAUGCAACAGCUCAGGCUGAGCUCAAGGUGAAAGCUGUCCCUGACCCACCUUAUAAUGUGACCUUGGAAGAUUGUGAUGCCAACAAGGCCAAGGUGAGGUGGACCUUUGACGAGAAGAUGAGAAACUUUGUCAACAUGAUCAAAUUUAUUGUGGAGUACACCACAGAGUACAAGCCUGGGGUCUGGAAGACUGCCACCUCCAUCCCACACCCAGCACUGGAUGCUGACAUUCAUCUGUCCCCAUAUGUCAAGUACAAGUUCAGGGUCAAGGCUGUGAAUGCCAUGGGCAUCAGUGAGCCAAGUCUGCCAACUGGAGGCUGGUGCUCAACUCCUCUUGGUGUGCCAGACAAGAACCCUGAUGGUGUGACAACGGACGAGCAAGAGACUGGUUUUCUAGUUGUUAAAUGGAAUGCCAUGGAUGAAAUGGACCAUAAUGGACCAGAGUUUCGUUACCAAGUUGAAGUACAAGGUCCAGAUGAUAAACAGUUUGUGGUGCAUGAAGUGAGAGAUAGUAAAGCUACAGAAAUUAAAAUUCCAGUCACUGAUGUUUACAAGCCGUAUCAAAUAAGAGUUAAAGCUGUCAACCAAGUUGGAAUCUCCAUGGCUAUACCAGAGACAAUUACAGGCUUUUCUGGAGAAGCAGCACCUCUUGUGGUACCUGAAAACUUUGAACUUGACCCAGAUGUGAAUGUGACUGCUACCAGCGCAGGUUUUAGGUGGGAUCCUGUUGAUACCAGUCCCAAUGUGAUCAGGGGCAAAUUCUCUGGUUACAAAAUCCAGUUUUGGAAAAGUGGCCAGAAAGAAACCACACUGCACGCCCACAUCAUUCAUGCUGAGCCUGCCUCUGGACGCCGUCGACGAGAUGGUAAAGUAAGAGGAGUUGUGGCCAACCUGCCAUCAUUUUCUCAAAUUGAGGCUGAAGUUGUAGUCAUCAAUAAAAACUUUCAGUCUAACGGCAGUAACAUGGUCAACUUUACAACACCCGAAGGAGUUCCUGGACCUGUCAGUUUUUUGGUAGCUUUGGUCAGAGGCUCACACCACUUCUUGUUACAAUGGGGUCGACCCACAGAAGAGAAUGGACAAAUUACUGGAUAUCAGCUGUCCUACACAAAAAUUGACAGACUUGACAUGUCCGAUAGAUUUGUAGCUUUUGAAAAUAUUGGCCCAGAAGUAGAAAGAUUAACCUUGAAAGGCUUAUCUCCACAUUCCCAGUACAGAAUCUAUCUCCAGGCUAAGACUGCCAUGGGCUUGGGGAAGGAGUAUUUCAUUGAUGUGUGGACGACCAGUAACACGACACGUCUGGUUAUGCCAGUGGUUGUUGAUGCCAGUCCUGGUGAGAAUGAAGCCAAUAUUACCUGGCAGGUGACUGCUGAGAAAGGAAGCCGUCAUGGGAAAUACUAUUACAUGGAAUAUAAAAAGAAAACUGCUAAGGAUUGGGUGCGCCACAAAGAACCUGUUGAAGGAGACCACUGGGGUAUGUUGAAACACCUCGAGCCAGGGACUCAGUAUAUGGUGAGGAUUGUUGCUGCUUCCACUGCAACUGAUGAUGGGGAUUACUUAGCAAGUGACCCAUUCCACUUUGUGACGGCAGGUGUAGGUUUCAUGGCCAUGGCCUUAACACUUUCAGCUAAUGUAACUGCCAAUAAAACACAUAGAGAAGAGCCUACCUUAGCAGGGGCAGCCAAGGCCAAUUUCUUAACAGCUGCUUGGUUUAUUGGUAUGAUGGUGGCCAUUGCCAUUCUGAUUCUUAUCCUCAUUAUUGUUUGCAUCAUCAAGAGAAACAGGGGAGACAAUUACCCAGUUCAAGAGAAAGAAAGACUGAGGGGCACGUACAAUGAUGAUAACCCAGAUCAUUUCAAUGGCUUUGGAAAGGGUGAUGACAAUGGCCUGCAGGGAAGUAAUUCUUUUGAUCGAGAUGCAGAGAAAGUUCCGCUCGACGAAGACACAGAUAGCUUAGACUAUGGCGACGAUGAUGCCAGCAAGUUUAAUGAAGAUGGUUCCUUCAUCGGACAAUAUGGGCGAGGGGAAAAGGGAAAUGAAGGAACAAAUGCAUCCUCUAUAGUUUAGCAGGCUCAAAAUAGCUAACUAUUUGAUUAAACAUAAUAAAAGUAAGAAAACAGAAUUGAAGGAAUCUCUCAGAAUGGAUAAGACUAUAUAACAAAAUCGUACAGAAAACAAAACCAGUUCCAUGUUUUAUGUGAUACUUUUGUUUAUGUCCAUGGCUGACCUUUUGAUUUCUCAACUACUGUGUACCACUGAAAGUCAUUGUAUGUGUGAUCUGAUCUUGUUUCAACUUGAUUUAAAGAGAAGCAAGAUUCUGUCAAGCGGGUAACUGCAGUACUAAACUCUUUUGUUUGCAAUGCUGUGGAGGAAAUUUUUUUUCUGUCAGGAAAUGAAAACUGACAGUAUUUCAAUACCAUUUUGGCUUUUUACUCAUAACAUAAUUAUUGAUUAAUUCAUUAAACUAUUCAAUACCUUUUUUAAAAUUAUUUUUUAGGGUCAUUUAUUACUUGAAAAUAUGUUUAAUUGUAAACACAUUUUUGAUUGAUAUUAGUUUUUCUGUACUACUAAAUAUUGGUUUUUAGAUUCACAUCAUGAGUAUUAGUUUGGCUUUAAGUUUCUAGUAGAAAGUUGGUCUACCCACUUGCCAGGUUGGGUGGAUGAAUUGGUUUUUGUUUUGUGAUGCUCUACUUUUUCAUGUUAAUAUUUUCCUUGUCGACUGCCUCGUUCAUGAAGCCACAAAGCAAGAUGGUCUUACCUGAAAAUGUGUAGUCUAGUCAUAUGAGUGGCAUUGUUUUAAAAAAAAACAAUGUAUAUUUUUGUUUAUUUAUUAUAUCUACUUUAUCUGACAGAUGUAAAGUACUGGUCAUACUUUCAUUCAAAUAGAUGUCACUAAUCUCUAAUUUUGUAUUUCGGGUGACAACUUCUUUUUAUACCUUAAAAACAGUGAAUUAUGUUACACUGUAGAAGAAGGGAUGUCCUAAAAUAUAUACAGGUAAUGCUAAGUACUAAUGUCUCAUCAAGUCAAAAUGCUAUUUCAUAAGAACUUGAUGUUUCCCUUAUGUUUCUUGUGCCUAGUUCAUUUGAUUGAUAUGAUCAUCUUGUCAGUAAUACUUUUAAGAAGUAUAGAAUUUUUUUUUUCUUGAAAUCCUUGCUGAGAAAAAAAAAAAUAGUAAUUUUGUUUCGUAUGCAUUUUAUUUUAUUUAUUCAGAUAAAGUUUUUAAUUUUGUUUUUAAAGCUCACUUAUUUUUGAAGUUUAAUGUCAGCUCAUAGUAAAACAUAUUUCAAAUACUGAUAAUUUUUUUCAUCAUUUUUGUUAAAACAUAAAGAAAAUUUUGGACCAUAAUCUCUUGGUUCAUUCUUUGCAGCAAGUCAUAUUUGAUUUUUUUUUUCAAAUGUGUGAUUGAAAAGUGGUAAUGAGUGCUAUAUACAUUUUUUUUUUCAUUUGUUCAGUCUGAGUGCCUGGAAAUACUGUAAAUGAUGUUGUAGAUGAUGUUAAAUAGCCCAAAUGAGUCAAUAGUAUUGAGCUGUCUCUCUCAUUGAAUCAUUGUUGUACCUACACAGGCCAAUCACAGUCAUCUCUGCUAAUGUUUGUAGAUAAUGAUUGUUUUUUGUGUUUGUUCCGCUUGCUACAUUUGACUUUUUGAUAUACCUAUAUACUUGUAAAUAUUUUUUUGUUUGUUAAAUAUAUUUAUCCCUUGCUCUCUAUUUUAUGAAUAACUUCUAAUGCCUGGUGAGCUCAGUGUUGCUUGUAUAAAUUAUUGCAUAAUCAAUAAAUAUCUUUUUUGUUAUUCAGCUUGCUUAGAUGGUAUGUAAUAAUUUCAUUUUGACUUGUUUAAGUCUCUAAGUGUACAGAUGUCAUUAUUCUAAAGUCGAUUCACUGCUUUUUAAUGUCAUGUUUUGUCCUCUAUGUUAUAUCAAACUUGACAGAACUCGCAUCUUUAGAAAACAUUAUGUCAAUGAAACUACUUGAUUUGUGUCAGUAAUUAAAAAAAAAAAUAACUACUUAAGUUCUGCUUUUACUGAAUUUGAUACCUAGAAGUUUGAAAAAUGUUAUGUCAGUACUGUUGUGCUGUUUAACUGUAAGCAUAUAGUGUAGAUGUUCUGUCAAAAGCUGUAAAUGAUAUUAUGUCUCAUUCACCCCUGCUGUGUGUUCAGUUAAGUUAUAUUUAUUUUUCAUAUGCUUAGUCAUCUAAAGGUAUAUGUAUAAUAUGUGCAAUUAAUUUUAUGUAUAUUCUAUUAAACACUACUGGUUAAUGGAUAAAACUAGGAAAGAAAAAAAAUCUUUUUCCCCACAAGGCACAUUUAACACUUGUGAAGAAGUUAGUUUAGUUGUUUUUUUUUAAAGAACUAUUACUUAAAAUGAUAUUAUCUAUGAUGGCAUUAGAUUAGCAGGCAAUGUUGAAGUAUUAAAAUGUGCACAUCAGGUUUAAUUUUAAAAGAGAUUAAUACUCCAUAUCUAGUCCUGCUUUAGAAACUAGAGUUCUAACAAAUGCAUUUAAUGAAGAGAUUAAUACUUCAUAUCUAGUCCUGCUUUAGAAACUAGAGUUCGAACAGAUACACUUAAUCGUCAGUAUAAGUUGGUAGCUAAAUAGUCUGUUAUGUUUUUAAAGGCUUUUCUAAUGCUUUUACACAUUGGCUCACUUACUUAACUUGUUGUCAGUACAUGCCAGAUAAGUGUUGACAUGUCAGCAUGCAGGCUAAAAUUUGUCAUCAUAUAUAUGAUUCUCAUCCUGCAAUCAGAGUGUGUCUUUUUAUGUUGAUAAAUUACCAAUAAAAACUUGGUGCAGUUGGUUGAACAUAUUCCUGCUUGGCGUGCUUUACAAAAUUUGUUACAUUUGGUGUCAGAAGUCUAUUUGAAUGAUGUUGUUGAAGUUGGUUCUUUUGCUAAAACUUCAAGAAAAACUUGCCCAUUGGUUGUGUUAUGAUCAUUGAGGUACUUCUCCAUCUGCAGUAAAUAUAUACAUUGACACUCUAUAAAUAUCGGAUAUCUUUAUUGUCCUUAAAUAUAUAUUUUAGUUCUUUCCAAUAAUGGUUUAGAUGAAAUGCAAAUUUAAUUGUUUAAGUAAUGAAUAUCAAUUUAUUCACAUCUGUCAACUAAUGUAAGCAUAUAAGUAAAACAUCUUUAUAUUUAUCUUACUGGUGUUAUCAUUAAUUGUUUAGUUUUAUUAAUGACUUAUCAUAAUGAAAUUUUAGGCUUCAGUAGUUGUUGUUUUAUCCAUAUAUUUAUGCAAGUGUUCUAAUGGGUUCUGGCUAAAUGCUUCAUAAUUGUUUUUUAUUUUUUCCUUUUAAUGCACUUUUGAUCUUGGGCAGUGUUUCCCAAACUGUGUUCCACGGAACCCGGGUGUUCCACAAGUCCUGAAUUGGUGUUCCACGAGCUACUGGAAUAAUAAACUGGUAGGCCACCAUGUGAAUUAAUCUCUCUAAAAAAAUAAGCAUCGUGUUCUGCUAAAUACUCAGAAUGUUCAAAGCGGUCUAUUACGGAAAAAGUUUGGGAACCACUGAUCUAGGGCUGUGGCUGUGGUUGUUAAUGAUAAGACAGUAAUCACAUUGUGAAUGGUUUACUGGAUGUGGUGAUUAGUGUGAUUGCUUGUUCUGAUGGAUUAAUUUAUCCAAUUUUAUUGUGUACUUUUUUUGUACAAAAUGUUUGCAUGUUAUUGAAAUCCAUUUUUACAAUUAAUUUUCAUUAGUUUUUUAGUUUUGUUUUUGUAAUUUUUUGUAUUGCAGGCUUUUGUUUUGUUUCUCCUAUUUGCAGGGGAUAGUGUGCAAUAAGAACAUGUUCUUUGUGACUAGUUAAUAAGAAACAAGAAAUAUUUUCACUGCUAAAAUGUAUAUUUUUUGAGAGUCCUAAAUUUUCAAGUAAAGGUUUUGCUUAAAAGAUGAAUAGUUUCAAUUUAUAUUUUUCUGUAAUGCAUACUAGUGACCAACAGUUAAACCAAAAUAAAAUUUUUAACCUUUUUUGAAAAAAAAAAAUUCAUAUAUGUUUUUGUUGGACAUUAAAAUCCUACAUAAGCUUUGGAACAUACCAAUUUGAAAAAGUCCUUAACAAUUACAUAUUUGAUGAUAAAGCAAAAGUACUGCAAGACUAAAUCCAUCUUAUUGAAUCACAUAAUACAAGAUGAUAUAAACAUUGUAAUUAUUUUAUAUACUUCUAUAGAUCAACUUUUUUAUAUAAUUUGCUUGGAAUCUUAGAUUAAAGAAAUAUUUUGAUACCAGAUAUGUGUGUGUUCUUUAGCCAAAUUAGAUUUUGUGUACUUUUGAAAAACAUAUUGAGUGUACACAUGGCUGGAAGUCAGAUCUGAUCUUUGGUUCCCUUAUUCAGCAUUGUGACAUGUCUAUGUUCCUCCCAUUUGUACACUGUGACCCUUUUUUUUUUGUAUUAAAACUCCCUCAUUACAUUCUAUGACUUGUCUUUCUUUUUCAAAUAGUCAUAUUUAUUAUGUUGUUCAAUGUCCCAUUAUGCUAUAAGUACCGGCCAAUUAUUUGACAACUAUAGCGUGUGUCACACCUAUAGCACAUUUCACACUUAUAGUGCAUGUCAUUUGUAUGUCACGUGACAAUUGAUAUAGCCUGCAGUGUAGAAUAUGAAUAUAGAAAUCUUGAACAUUUAUUUUCCUGAAUAUUUCCCCACACCAAGCUACGGUUGAGUCUUGUUAUACCCAAUUUUGAAUUACUUACUAGUACUAGCAAGAUUUGUGCAUAGAUUACAUACCAAUUAAAUUCUUCGUUCUCAAAACUGAUAGAAGGAUACACUUUGAAAUAACCAAUCGCCCCAUUUGAGUCCUAUUGGAAGUUUGGAUGUAUGAGGAUCUCAUUAAUGGUUUAACUUGAUACUAAAAAUAGACCAUUGCAACAAUGUUUUUGAUUGGUCAUACUUUGUAAUGAUGUAUGUGAUUGGUCAUCCUCAGAACGCCACCUAACAUCCCCAAUCUUUUGUAUUCCUAGUGAACUAAAGCUGUGCAUAUAUCUCUAUCUAUUAUAUAUAUUUAUUCUCUAUAUAUAUAUCUUCAUUCUGUUUCUAUUGCUGUACAUGUGACCUGACAUUCUAAACUGUCUGUAAACUUGUCAGAAUUUUAUUUUUAAAAUCAACCAUUUGAAGAAAACAACAACCUGUUCAAGUGAUGAUUGUGUUUGAUGUCCCUCAAGUCAUGAACAGGCUGUGAAGUGAAUAAAUGAUUUCUGUCAUUUCAUUUCUGUUUUAGUUUUUAGUUGUUUUUUUUAACUAGAGAUGAUGAAUCAAAACUUGGAAUAAAAGUUACGCUUUAAAUAUGA